AACAACCCCGUGGGUGUUUCUUCGAGGGGGGAGGCGGGUUUCCUUGAUGGGACGGAAGCUCGGACCAUGGAUGGCAGCGAUCUCCCGGCGUUGCCCGCCAGCGACUCGUCGGUGCCGCCGCCUAGUGGAGGAGGCGGGGCGGACGGAGCGGAGGGGCCCGCUUGGGGACGCGAAGGUUGCGAAGCCCUCGCUGGGGCGAUCGCAUCGACGCUGGGUGCCGUGAUGAGGGAGUUCGAUUCCAGGGCGGAGGGCGUUGACCGGAGCCAGGAUGAGCUCUCCACUUCCCUGGAUCGCCUCGCCAGAGAACUAGACAAACUCUUAGAAGAUGCGCCGUUGCCGUUCAUCAUGCAACAUGCAGCCAAGAUCUCGGCUAUGCGUAGGAGGGUUUCAGCAUUGAACUUGAUUUUGAAGUCAAUUCAGAGACGCAUUGAUAACAUGGAUCGUAUGCUUUUUGCUGGCGUACCCACUGAUAAUCACCAACAGAUACAGUAGUCGUCACAUUCAGGGCAACAUUUACAGGUUCAAGUUGCAGUCUAGACUAAUCUGAGACAUCUCUGUUACAGGUGGUUCAGAAUAACAAGGAAACCUUCAUUUCAGGAGCUGAACUGGGGCUCACUCUUUAACCUUCUCACACAAAACACUUACUUGAAAUUUGCCAACUUUUUGUGUUGGCAGCUGCAUAUACCCAUUUGAAAUUUAUUUGAGUGACAGUUUGCACCAAAUUUUGAUGGGUGCAUUUGCUAGAGCAA